UAAGAGCGAAGGAGGGUGGCAUGUGAUCAGUGUAUGAUACAAAAUUCAAAGUAGCGUUAGAGCCGAUGUCAAAGUUUUAUUACUUUCGAUAACAAUUUUUAUGGUCAGUUUGAAGUCAUAAAGUUAUCUGGCGUUGUCUUACAAACAUUGAAAACGAGAUUUAAAGAUGGCGUCUAAAAUCGCGUUACAGUUGUUGUACCACUUCUCUACUUUCACAUUCUAUGUGUACACAGAAUACAAUCCGAUUGUCAUACCGGGAUCCAAUCUUAUCUAUGGUGGUAGAUACAAGUACCUGACAGUGUUGAAUAUUUUUUUAUCGAUUUUCUACUUCGGUUACGCCACUCUGGUGGAUUUGAAAGACUUAGUUGUCAACAAAGAAAAGCUUCAACGAAACCAAAAAAACCGUAGCCGAGAGAUACUCGAUUAUAUAUUUCUCGGUGUACUUUUUCCAGUAUCUCUUACCGUUAGCAUUUUAUUUUGGGGGAUAUACGCAAUCGAACCAGAUUUAAUGUUACCAGCCUUCAAAAGAAAAUAUAUGCACCCUUAUGGAUUUUACAAUCAAGCCAUUCAUACGGGACCGAUUGUAACAUCGUUGUUGGAAACCUUGAUUACCUUUCAUAAGCCAAGCGUCAGUUUUUUCAAAGGAUGCAUCGGUUGGGUAUUGUACGCAGCUACUUAUCUGAUGUGGAUUCUGUGGGUAGCAUAUCGUGGUAACUUCUGGGUGUAUCCAUUCUUGAGAGGAAUGAAUAUAGUGCAGCGUGUUUUGUUUUUUGCUGGCGCUUUUUUGUUCGGAUCGGCGCUUCAUAAGAUAGCUGUACUCCUGACUUGUUGGUGGUGGAAAGCUGAGUUAAAACAAACGAAGAAAAUUUGUUAAGACGAAAUAGAAUUUUUUUAGAAUAUGUGCCACGGAUUUAAAUUUUGUGACUAUAGUGUACUCUCCAAUUAGCGGACACCAUCAACUAAAGUGUCCGCUAAUUUGAAGUGUCCGCCUUUUGGAAAGUCUAACAUUUUAAGCCGCAAAUUAGAAAUUAAAGCCGAUUUUUGUAUCACAAAGGAAAAAUAACAAAUGAUAAUAUUUUAAUAUUAACAUAAUGAUAACAAACCAAACUUUCAAUCUUCACAGAUCUUUAAAAGUCUUUCAAACAAAUUUUAACAAAUGAUGGAUAAGUGAUUAAAGAUUAUAUUUUGAAAUUUUUAAUUAAUUGUUGACGGUCUUUGGUCUCUUCUUAAUGGAGGAGAGAGUUUCUCUUUCCUCUCUAAACGCUUAGUUCUAUCAACCAUGAAAAGCUGAUAAAGUGGUUGUAAAGAAAAUUGGGGAGAAGCUGGACACAAAUGUUGCAAAAUGUUUGAAAUAAAUGUUAGAAAAACUAUUCA